GCGUUUGGAGUUAGCCCAAGAGUACCCGCGGUGCGUGGUAACGAACGACGCCGCUCCCAGCGAGGGGGGCGUUCACUACGCGUUCAGUUGGCUUUCACUAGGAAUUCAGUACGGUUGCUAGGCGGACGUUUUGAUCGGGCGCUGUAUCUUCAGCCUGUCUGUUAUGGCGAAGAUUAUAGAUGGAUGGAGAAGCUUGUAGGCUUGGACUUUACAGAUCAUCGCUCUAUUCUCCCAAGCGACCAUUAACUGAAACUGCCAUACAAUGCUGAGCCACGGCGGAAAGGCCUUGAGAGUGAAUUAUGAGAACGUACAGUGACGUCUUCUGCAGAAAAACGACUUGAUGCUUCCACUCACUUGACGUCAGAAGGGAGUCUCCCCACCCUGGUGUUUGUUUAACAAUCUGUGGAUGUUGUUCAACGUAAUUGUCUCUACAAAGUUCUGUGAAAGCUACCGACCAGCCGUAACAACAUUGUCAUCGUCAGUGUCUUCCCGUUAAUGUGAUUGAAAACACGUCAAAUGGGCAAGGGACAAAACUACAGUUCCCGUGAAUGAAGUUAUGUUCUCGUCAAAGUCUCCUGGUGACUAAGUUGCAGCACUAGAGGUCUCAGUAACAUGGGUUGUCAGAGGUUGUGUGCAUGCUAGUGCUAAUUGGAGUGAGAAGUAUCCUUGAUUCGUCCCUUGGAAGCACGCCUCCACAUUAAGCCAGCGUGUAGCCAUUGACAUUUGAUCGCGCCAUCCGAGUGACGUGACAACAGGAAAUGGACAAAUCGCAUGCGAGGGGAGACAAUCGUGAUGAGGUGAGACAUCCAACAAAGAUCAACCGCGUCAACCCACAACAAAAAUAGAAAAGUGAAGUUACGAACACCAGAGACCAGCGUCAUUCAUGACCUCAGUCUACCUUCUCUUCACCACCACAAUGACGUCGUACUCCUCGACUUUAUCAUUAUUUUCCUCGCCAACAACAUCGUCGUCGUCAACGUCAUCGUCACUGACUUUAUCGUCAGCGAUGUCGACCACCAUCUCCGCUGUGACAGGCAGGGACCUGGAGGCGGAUAUUCGCGCGUUCUGGGCUGCCUUUCCCUGCCCGCCCCCGUGGAGGCCCCAGAUUCUGCUGGAGGUGAACGCUACAAAACUAGAACCUCACGUCAGCAGAACAGUCCGGGCGUUUCUGGCAGGGAAAUGCGACAUUGCUCACAUACUCUCUGGCCACGCCGGCUUCGACGGAGAUUUCGGGGACUCUGGCAGUUCUCCUGGGUUUGGGUUAGGGUCAGGUUUUGGGGGGUCGACGAGUGGGGGAGGAGAGGGUCAUGACCCCGGAGGUACGUCCCUCAGUGACCCCAGGAGGUCGGAGCAGCCCUGGUGUGACACGGCGUGCCGACUGGCUGUUGGCUGUGCUGUUGUCUUCGUCAUCAUGGCUGCUGUUGUCGCCGUGCUGCUGUGUGUCAACCGGACACGUCGGCCUCACAAGAUGGCGUCCACCCGGCCGUCCCGCCAACAGCUCCACCUCAGCUCCUCGGCAAGCGACGCCGCCAACUGUACCGAGUUUUCCAACAUGGAGGUGCAAGGAGAUGACGACAUGAUCUACCCACCGUUCCGGCACCGCGGUCUCCCGCCUCCCCCCAGAGCCUGCCACCCCUCGUGUGACCCGACAUGGAACUGCCCGAACUGCGCGUCCUGUCACCCCCUCAUGCAACAGCAGAGUCCGUCCGGCCACUAUUACAGCUCACGAACCUACUCGGCUGUCUACGAGACUAUCGACGACCCGAAUGAGGAUGACCAGCAGACGAUAGAGGAAAGCGGGGAAAUGCCACGGGUGCACCACGGCGGACCAGCAUCUUCGCUGGCGAACGGCGGCGUAUUUCGGCAACAUCCUUGGCAUAACUGCUCCACGCCAACCCAGCUCUCCCCGGGGUCAGUCAGUACAGUCCAGAUACGACCUCGUGUAACUACGAGAGAAGAUAUCAAGUUCACCCCUCUUGUAGCGGAGACUGGUUUUAAUGGCGACGAUGACACACAGAUUGCCCAUCACCGCCCAUCCGCGCUCCCGAACUACUUCGAGUUAGAGAAAAACUGUGCCUUAGCCAAGCAGAAGGAAGAUCACAAUAACAUUAUGAGCCCUAAGUCUGCGUUCAAGCCUGUCUCCAAUAGCUUACCCUCACAUCGAACACCUUCGGGGACGCUGAGUCCUCACAAUAUUAUCAUCGCUUCACCGGGCCAUUUGGACGUCCUUCCUACCACCGCUCCGUGUUGUUCGGGCGAGGGAGGUACGGCUUUGCAUUCCUUUGUUAUGAGCCAAGCAGAGCACAACUCUAUGCCUUGCGCAGGGGAACUGUACCGUAUGAGACAUUCCGAAGACUACAAUCAGGUUGGGACGGCCACGACCUCGGCGGACUCCUCGCUACCGAAAGUAAACAACCAUUCCACAGCACAGUCGGCAAUCCCGAGAAAGUUUUCCUCCAAUCCUAACACGAACUGUUGCACAUCAGUCAGUAACUGUAAUAGCAGUAACAACCACGUUCCUGUUUCUUACAGCAACGUCGACAAUGCAAACAGCCACGGUGCAAACAUUAGCAAUCCCAUAAUCCAUUCCGCAGAAGGCGGUCCCUGGAUCCCAGGUUCUUACCCUUCAGUGCCCGGCACUUCAACAUUUGUGCCCUCUCCCCCUGGCCAUCUUUAUUGCUCUCAGUGCCAGCUCAAUGCCCUGGCAACCAAAACAGGGUCUCGAUUACCCGUACAAGACCAGACAGCCAUUCGUUAUGAUCCUACUUCCGGAGUGCCGCUGAACACGGACAGCUCACUUCUGACUCCAGAUUUAUUACACGAAGCCUCUCAACACGGAGUUUCUAAUUCUGAGCAUGACUGUAACGUAAACAACGAAGAGAUUCAGGUUAGUGACGACGAGAUGCCAUUGAGGAAACCUGUGUUGGCGCUCCAUUCGCAGUAUUUUGCUCACACGUCGGCUGUUUGAAGCUUAUUGUAAAUACAUAAGCUGUUACCUGUACAAUAAUCCUGAGAACUGAAAUUGUGCUAAAGGCUGGCCUUGAUAAAGAUUAUGUUUAUGUCGUA